AUGCUUUGGUUGUUGGCGAUGGGUGCACCCUUAUUAUGGAUCGUGAAUAUUGACAGCUUGAUCCACGUUCGAGGGGGGAGACAAAUGCAUUCCAUCGCUUGUUCAACCAUCAAAACCACAUUGAAAUGGUUGCAGCCCGAAGACCGAGCUCAGUAUCCUUUAUCAAAAAAAAUAUUAGCCGCCCUUCAGCUGGUCAAUUCCGGACAUUUCGCUGGCGCCUCCACCACAGGUGAAACGAGAGGGAGAACAGAUAUCGGUCCCACUGCGAAAGAGAAGAGGAUUACCAAAAGUUCACACAGGUUAUAUGAACCUAUAAGGAGCAUUUCUGAUGUUGAAUUCGAAAGCCCUAAACAUUCCCAAUAUUUUCGAUUUUUCUGUAGUGAUGUUACGACUCAAGUAUUUGGUGGAUUCUUUUCUGAGUUGUGGAACAGUGUUAUCCUUCAAGCAUGUCAUCAGGAACCCUGUCUUCUCCAAGCUGUUUGUGCAAUUGGGGCUCUCAGUAGGGUAAUGAAGGCACGCAAGCAAGGUCAGAUUAUGACCAUGAACGAUGAUUACAGAUUCGCCGUACAAGAAUACGGCAAAGCUCUCGGAGGAAUCAAAAAGCUCGUACCGAUUCGUAUGACGUUGCUUGCUGCACUUCUUAUAUUUUCAUUCGAGAAUUUUCACGGAAAUCAUAUGUCGGCAGUAACUCAGAUUCAGAGCGCCGCGAAAUUACUUCAGGAUUGGAUGAAAGAUCGCGAAAAGCGUCAGAUAACGGAUCGAACCAUAUCACCAGCUCCCGAUGUUAUUGAAGAUGCCAUUUUUGCCACUUUUCAUAGUACACACAUUGGGUUAAUAUCUGCGAUUGAUCCCACCAUAGCUGAAGCCCAAGAUAUCAUGCACGGGACUCGAAUGUAUAUUCCUAGUCCCGUUCCGGUCAUGUUUACAAGCAUUGAUGAUGCGGGUUACAUUUUUACGGCGAUUUGUAGACAGCUUAUCAGCUUUCUCAUGGACACGGCAUCGCUUAUUCGAGGAGAACAAGAACCUGCCAAAGAAGAUAUAACAGAUUCAGCAAUGUGGAAUAAACGAAUGCUCGAUUGGUCUCCGGCAAUGGCAGAGUUUGAGGGGAUUUUAAACAAUCUUGAUCAAUGGCAGCUUGCUUUCGAACCAUUAUUCAAGCGCACAAAAAAAGACGAUAUCAAUUUUAUUACAGUCUGCACGUUGAGAGUUAACUGGUUAACAACACGUAACGGAUUUCACUUGGCUUUCUUCCCCAACACACCUGCUCAUGUCUACCGAGCCAUUUUUGAAGAAGUCAUCGAAAUUUGCAGGACAGUCGUUGCACAUCCUAGUUUUGAAAAGGGCUUUGUAUUCUAUACUGGUGUUGUGCCAUCACUGGCCGCGGCGGCCAGGUACGGAGCUAUUUCUACUCGGAAAGAAGCUAUUAAAUUGCUGCUAGCUAUUGUACCUAGGAGAGAGGGUAAUUGGGAUGCUGCAAAUUGUGCUAGAGAUGCUAUUGUGGCUUUGAAGAUGGAUAUCAAAAAUAGAGAUAAUGUUCAUAGGAAAUGA